UUGUCAUAAAUGCCAAAGCUAUGUUUCGAGAGAAAAUGUGGACGGCUGAAAAAUUACGAGGGAUAAAAGACGUUUGGAAAAUAAUAGCCUAUGUCUUAUCGAUCCAACAAAAAGCGCGCAACCAAGCUACGCCACAGUCACGCGGAAACUGUACAUGCCCGAAAGUACCUUUGGCUGCGAGGGCAGCCUGUCUAUUCGUUAUUGACAAGCGCAAUUUCACUGCAAGAAUGAUGUGAGCAAUUGGCAAAAGUUCAACCGAACGCACUUGGCAAAGUAGAUUCGUUCGGAAAGAUCGCAGGCGCGCGCGUGACAACGUUAACCUAAAGUCUUGGAAAGAAAUCGCAAGUAUCGCCGUCGUAGCUUGACAGAUUAAGAAGCAUGGAAACGCAGUUCGUAUACGUGAAAAAGCGCUCGGAAUUCGGCAAGCGGUGCUACUUCGAUCAACAGGACAAGCUCGAAGUGGACAUCAAAUCCGACCCGACGCUUGCGAGCAAUUACAUAAGGUUGGACCCGGUGACGAGGGGCACGCAAUGCGCCAAGGUUAUCGCCGCUCACGAGGUGAACACGACCACGGCGACUUUUCGGGAGAGCGGCAUGUUCCACGUGGAGGGCGGCUGGCCGAAGGACAUCAACAAGGACGACGGAGAGCAAACCGUGCGCUAUCGCAGGAAGAUCGAAAAGGACGAAUUGUACAUCCACACGAUGCUGCAGAUACUGCCGCCGAUGGAGCACACGGUGCUGCAGAACAACGCCUGCAACAUCUACGAGCAAUACUUCGACGACACCGAGGCGGCGCAGCUGGUGCAGCGAACGUACUGCCGCACGGUGAACGUGUAUCGCGACCCGCUGGCGGUCAAGCGGCCCGUGACCCACGUCUCCUGGUCGCCGGACCAGGGUGCGAGACUGGCCGUCAGCCACUGCAGCACGGACUUCAAGAGGCUGGCCAAUUACAGUCCCAUCUCCUACAUUUGGGACGUCGAGAAUCCCAACAAGCCGUUCGCCAAGCUGAAGCCCUCCUGCCCGCUGCUGGCGCUCGAGUACAAUUCCAAGGACGCGAACGUGCUGGCGAGUGGGCUGAUGAGCGGCCAGGUGGCCUUCUGGGACGUGCGACGAAGCUACGAGCCGGUCGACACGAGCCUCAUGGAGAACAGCCACCGGGAUCCGUGCGACCAAGUGCUGUGGAUCAACUCCAAGACCGGCACUGAAUUUUUCAGCGCCUCCAGAGACGGUCAGAUCAAGUGGUGGGACAGUCGAAAGCUGCAGAGCCCGCUGGAAACACUGGUGAUGGACCUGACGAGACCCGAGGAGCAAGCCCUGGAGCGCGCGGUCGGUGUAUCGGCGCUGCAGUUCGAGCCGUCCAUCGGCACUCGAUUCAUGUGCGGCCUGGAAAACGGCACGGUGAUCUCGGGCAACCGCAAGGGAAAGACGCCGACGGAGAAGCUCGCCGUGAGGUUCAAGGCGCAGUACGGGCCGGUGAUCAGCGUCGAGAGGAACCCCACUUUCGUGAAGAACUUCCUGUCGGUGGGCGACUGGACGGCGAGGAUCUGGUCGGAGGACUGCCGCGAGUCCUGCAUCAUGUGGACCCCAGGGCACGGCGUGCUGCUGACCGGCGGCCACUGGAGCCCCAGCCGGUACUCGGUGUUCUUCCUGACCAAGAUCGACGGCACCCUGGACGCCUGGGACCUGAUAGUGCAGCAGGAUGGCCCGGUUCUGAGCGCCAAGGUGUGCGACGAAGCGCUCACCUGCGUCCGGCCGCACGAGCAGGGCCAGCUGGUGGCGCUGGGCAGCAAGAACGGCUCGGUCUACUUGCUCGAGUUCUCCGAGAGCCUGACCACCAACCAGAAGAACGACAAAGCCCUGCUGACGGCCCUGCUGGAUCGAGAGACGCGCCGCGAGAAGGUGAUCGAGGCCAAGAACCGCGAGCUGCGCCUCAAGAUGAAGACCGUGCGGCAGGACUCGUCGGAGAACUUGGACGCGUCGGCCAAGAAGCGGCUGCACGACCUCAAGGACCCGCUGAUCGCGCAGUGCGAGCAGGAGUACCAGGCGCUCAUCGACGCCGAGCUGGAGAGGCAGGCGUCGCUGGACAGCGCCGAGGUCAACAACAACGUGUACGCCCCGUGAGGGCCUGGCCAAUAAACAGAGCCAAACUGCCGGCGAACCGUCAGUCUUGUCUGUGCGGCCGAGCGCAAAGGCCAACAG